AUGGGACGUCGCGGAAACGCGAAGGGCGGAAGCAAAGGGGCCGGCAAGGCUGGCGAGCAACCCAAAGAGUCGCAGUACGUGAAGCGCGUGGACUUGUACAAGUUCCUGGGCAAGUGGAUGUUGCGUUCCUAUCCGGACGAAAGGGGAAGACCUCUCAUGUUGGGCGCGAAAAAGUCUACUGCAGAAGCGGCCCUGGAACCCGAGGCCCUGAGGGCCAUUCUGGAUGCCGACUGCUGCGAGCUACUCCGACGCCCCACAAUGGGGCUCAACCUCGCGGCCGCUUCCAUCGACUGUGCGGCUUUGCUCGGGCCGGUGCUGCAGGACAAGAUGGAGAGUCUGUUGCCGAAGCUGACCUCGGAGAACUUCCUGGACAAGGUACACUUCCUCAACCUGGCCCGCAACGUGGAGCGCAAUCCAGAAGAAGCUCCGGAACAUUGCAAGAGUCUGCUGAAGAAGAUCAAGCACUUGGUAAGGGAUCACGGAGCAGAUCUGGCAGCGGCGGCCGAAGCAGCGGCUGGAGUCUUCCUGGGGCUCGUCAGCAUCAUGGAGGUGGCGGCCGUGUCCAAGGAUCUGCGCGCGUGGGCCAAGGGCGUGCCAGAGCGCAGGAAGCAGAGCAAGCACCUGCAAGCUUGGCUCCAGGACCCCGACGACGAGGACAAAUUCUUGGCAGCCGUCGCAAAGGCCGUGAAGGAAGACAACAAGAACACCAUGCGGGCUCGGCGCUUCGGCGAUUUCGAGUUGCAGGCAGAAGACACGUCGUCCUCCGUCGCGUUGCUCAGCAGUCAAGAUGACAGCCCCUCGUCGUCGGUGCUUCGCGCCAGCAAGAAGAAGCGCGGCAAAGGCAUGAAGCCGAAGAAGGUCGCAGACGGCAAGGACCUAUGCAAGACCUGGUCGCUGUCCGAGUUGCAGGCCUUCGAGGAGAUGGCGGCGCAGCAGGCCAUGGCGGUCGACAACGCCGCGUUGGAGGCGGAGCAAAUCUUGAGGGUGAGCAAAGCCCUCCCUGCGGAGCUUCGCAGAAUGGUUUGGGAGCGCGCCGGACUGUUGCCGAGCACGGAAAACGAGGAGGUGCUCAAGGCGAACGCAGAGCGCAUCGCGAAGCACAUCUUCGAGAUG